UUUAUAUACAUCUAUUUUGCUAAAUCAUACACCGUGUAAUCAUUCUUAUCUAGCAGUGGUGCCAUAUUAAUAUGAAUUUCCAUUUUCUCGAUAAUAAUAAUCAAAUGGGUUCAGAGAUAUUCGUUGUUUUUCGUUUUCACUCUGACCAAGGAAAAUGUCCAUUAAAUAUACUUCGAAGCUUCCUUAUGUCUAUAACCAUUCACUAUAUAUAUUAAUCUUUCAUAUAUACGUGGGGUUAGCUCAUAAGUAUAGACACUAUUCAUAAAUAUUCAAACAAGCUUCUCAGAUCGAAGAAACCCUUUCGUUAAUUCGAAAAUCAUUAAAGUCGACGACAAUGGUUUGUGAAGGCACCCAUUUUGACAGCAAAAUUCCACACAUUUUCGUUACUUUUGGCGCAUCGGGCGAUCUAGCCAGAAAGAAGAUUUAUCCGACUCUAUGGUGGUUAUUUCGCGACAAUUUGUUACCGAUGCAGACGAAAUUUUUUGGAUAUGCCCGGUCAAAACUUAGUAAAGAUGGCUUACGGGAGUUAUGCCAUCCGUAUAUGAAGGUACGUCCUGGUGAAACCGAAAAAUACGAAGAGUUUUGGCGAUUAAAUCAUUAUGUUGCUGGAAGCUAUGAGACGCGACGCGAUUUUGAAAUGCUUAAUCAGGAAAUCAUUAAGGAGGAGCAACAGCAAAUGGCAAAUCGUGUUUUUUAUUUGGCAUUGCCACCAUCUGUUUUCCAACCGGUCACUGUCAACAUUAGAAAUGUUUGCAUGUCUCAAAAAGGUUGGACACGUAUAAUUAUUGAAAAACCAUUUGGAAAAGAUGCGCAAUCAUCGAAGGAAUUGACCGAUCAUCUCGCCCAGCUAUUUCAUGAAGAACAAAUUUUCCGAAUUGACCACUAUCUUGGAAAAGAAAUGGUUCAAAAUCUAAUGACUAUUCGUUUCGGUAACCGAAUUUUCAGCCCAACUUGGAACCGUGAAAAUGUCGCUUCUGUACUUAUAACUUUCAAAGAACCCUUCGGAACGCAGGGACGUGGAGGUUACUUUGAUGAAUUUGGAAUCAUAAGAGAUGUUAUGCAAAAUCAUCUGCUGCAAAUUUUGUCACUUGUUGCAAUGGAGAAGCCUGUCACUUGUCAUCCAGAUGAUAUAAGAGACGAGAAAGUUAAGGUUCUUAAAUGUAUAAAGGAGCUGGAAUUAAAGGAUAUGGUAUUAGGGCAAUAUAUACGGAACCCAAAUGGAACGACAGAAGAUGCGAAACAAGGUUACUUAGAUGACCCCACCGUACCUGAUGAUUCAAUAACACCAACUUAUGCUUUGGCUGUUUUGAAUAUCAAUAAUGAACGGUGGGAUGGUGUUCCUUUCAUUUUAAGAUGCGGUAAAGCCUUGAAUGAGCGAAAAGCUGAAGUUCGAAUUCAGUAUCAAGAUGUUCCGGGAGAUAUUUUCGAAGGUCAUACUAAACGCAAUGAAUUAGUUAUUCGCGUACAACCAGGAGAAGCGCUCUAUGUGAAAAUGAUGACAAAAUCGCCAGGAAUUACAUUUGAUAUGGAAGAAACAGAAUUGGAUCUCACAUAUGGUCAUCGCUAUAAAGAUUCCUAUUUACCAGAUGCUUACGAACGCCUCAUAUUAGAUGUUUUUUGUGGUUCCUUGAUGCAUUUUGUUCGAUCAGAUGAGCUUAGUGAAGCGUGGCGUAUAUUCACUCCUGUUUUACACAAAAUUGAGAGAGAGCGUGUUAAACCCAUACCUUAUAUAUAUGGAUCACGUGGGCCGGCAGAGGCUGAUAAAAAAUGUGAGGAAAAUAACUUCAAAUACUAUGGGUCAUAUAAGUGGCACCAGAGUAACAAGUUGUGAAUGAUGUAUUGUAAAGUAAAAAGCAAUCGGUGAAUGUACUUGAUUUUUAUAGAUAGAAAUGUUUACCUUUUAUUCCUAAUUGAAAGAGUCGUUAAAGCAUUCCCCAGCUUUCUGGAUUGGAUUAUUUAUGAAUUAAAAUAAAAUGGUGGAGAAAUGCAAA